CCGCUUUAAGUCAUUCAUCACUCGGCAAAUGUUUUCAUCACCUUCUGGUGUUUAAGAGUGAUCUUAUAGAAUUAUGUACUGUGGGUAGAUUUUUUUAGGGGAUUUGUGCCGUGGGAGUUCAGAAUUCUAGAGCAUUCAUGCUCUGCAAUCUUCUUGUGAGUUUCAUUAAUUUCUCCCGACUUUUUGGGGGGUGAGUUGGUGUGACUGUUGGACAAGUUGAGAAGCAAAAGAUAAGGUGUUAGCAGAGAAUUUUCCGAGUUUUACUGAAAUCUUACAGGAUAUUUUGUAAAUCAGAUUACAUUUGGUUUUGUUUCCAUUUGAAAAGAGCGUGGGCUUUACUGAUCGGUGGAUUGCUAUAUCAUAAUUAGACAAACAGAAAUUGUCAGAGGCAAAUUCAGCAAAAUGACGGUCACUCCAAAAAUUUCCAUUGUGGAUGGCAAUCUGGUUGUGCAUGGGAAGACCAUACUGACAGGCGUUCCAGACAAUGUAAUACUAACACCCGGCUCGGGAGUCGGGCUAGUGCAAGGUGCAUUCAUCGGAGCCACUUCCACUGAGAGCAAAAGCCAUCAUGUUUUCCCCAUGGGGAAGCUCGAUGGUCUCCGAUUUAUGUGCUUGUUCCGCUUUAAGUUGUGGUGGAUGACACAGCGGAUGGGAAGAUGUGGAAAAGAUGUUCCCCUGGAAACCCAAUUCAUGCUUGUGGAGAGCAAGUAUGGGUCUCCUCUGACUGGACAAGAUGAUCUUAGCGAAGAGGAGCAGACCGUAUACACGGUCUUCCUUCCUCUCAUAGAAGGACAAUUUAGAGCUGUUCUGCAAGGCAAUGAAAGAGAUGAAAUCGAGAUCUGCCUGGAAAGUGGGGAUGCUACUGUGAAAACCAACCAGGGGCUACUUUCAGUGUACAUGCAUGCAGGAUUGGAUCCAUUUGAAGUUAUUGGAGACGCUGUCAAGGCCGUUGAAAGACACUUGCAAACAUUUCAACACCGUGAGAAGAAAAAGUUGCCUGAUUUUGUGAAUUGGUUUGGAUGGUGCACAUGGGAUGCGUUUUAUACUGAUGUCACUGCAGAGGGUGUGGAUGAAGGCUUGAAAAGCCUUUCAGAGGGAGGCACCCCUCCACGUUUCUUGAUCAUUGACGAUGGUUGGCAACAGAUUGGCAGUGAAGUGGAAGAUUCCAAGGCUACUGUACAGGAAGGGGCACAGUUUGCUAGUCGAUUGACUGGAAUUAAAGAGAAUUACAAGUUCCAAAAGCAGCGCAAGGGAACUGAAAUAACGAAAGACCCCCCUAGCCUCAAACAUGUUGUAGAAGAAGCAAAGGAACACCACAGUGUCAAAUAUGUUUAUGUCUGGCAUGCACUUACUGGAUACUGGGGUGGAGUCAAACCUGCUGCUGCUGGAAUGGAACAUUAUGAUACGACUCUUGCUUACCCUGUUCAGUCGCCUGGUGUAAUAGGCAAUCAGCCAGAUGUUGUUAUGGACAGCCUGUCAGUUUAUGGAUUAGGACUAGUCCCUCCUAAGAAGGUUUUCAAUUUCUACAAUGAACUACAUAGUUACCUGGCAUCAGCAGGUGUGGAUGGUGUUAAAGUAGAUGUACAAAACAUUAUUGAGACUUUAGGUGCAGGCCACGGAGGCCGUGUUUCUAUUACAAAGCAAUAUCAUCAAGCAUUAGAGGCAUCCAUUACUCGCAACUUCCCUGAUAAUGGAUGUAUUGCUUGCAUGUGCCACAACACUGAUGGACUUUACAGUGCAAAGCAGACAGCAAUUGUUAGAGCUUCAGACGACUUCUAUCCAAGGGAUCCAGCAUCACAUACCAUCCAUAUUUCAUCUGUUGCAUACAAUACUAUGUUCCUUGGAGAGUUCAUGUUCCCUGAUUGGGACAUGUUUCAUAGCUUACACCCAUCAGCUGAAUAUCAUGGUGCUGCACGAGCCGUUGGUGGCUGUGCAAUUUAUGUCAGUGACAAACCCGGCAUUCACAACUUUGACCUCUUGAAAAAGCUUGUCCUCCCAGAUGGCUCUGUGCUACGCGCACGACUGCCUGGAAGGCCAACUCGUGACUGCAUCUUUGUGGAUCCAGCUAGAGAUGGGAAAAGCUUGCUGAAAAUAUGGAACUUGACCAAGUAUACUGGAUUGGUGGGUGUCUUCAAUUGCCAAGGUGCAGGGUGGUGCAAAGUUGAGAAGAAGAAUCGUGUUCAUGAUAAAUCUCCCAUGGCCUUAAGUGGUAGCGUGCGCUCUAUAGAUGUUGACCUCCUUCCACAAAUUGCUGGUGAUGGUUGGAGUGGAGAUUGCGUUUUCUAUGGUCACAAAUCAGGGGAGUUGAUUAAACUUCCAAAGGGUGCUGCUAUUCCUGUCACAUUAAAAGUGCUUGAAUAUGAGCUAUAUACAGUCUCUCCCAUCAAGAACAUUACACCCCAAAUUUCUUUUGCUGCGAUUGGCCUUACCAACAUGUUUAACUCUGGUGGAGCAAUUGAUGAACUGGAUGUACAUGGAGAAUCCAAAUCUGGAGAACUCUCUGAUGGCUUUGUUGAAGUCAAAAUGAAAGUUCGUGGGUGUGGUAGUUUAGGGGCAUAUUCUACACAAAGGCCCAAACGGUGCUGGAUUGAUUCACUGGAGACAGACUUCACAUAUGAUUCUGCAACUGGUUUAUUGACACUUGAAAUUCCUGUACCCAAAGAAGAAAUGUAUAGAUGGGAGGUGAAAAUUGAAAUUUAAGUGGCACUACUUCUUCCCUUGAAAGGAUCAUUCCAAUUACUUGUUGGCUAUCGUCUUGGCCACAGUACUAAAAGUUGUAGGAACUUCCAAUGCCCCUUGGAAGUCUGGAAAUUGAAUAAAGUAUCUAUAGUGAGUAGGAUAAUGUAGAAGGGUAGCUUGUAAAGAGCGAGGCACUUUAUUUUCAAAAUAUCUGCAUUUACAUCUGAUAAAUUUUCUAGCAGUGGGUGUGAAUGUAAAGAAGCUCUGAAUGAUCAACUCUACCUGGCAUUGGAACCACUUGAGUGACAACUGCUAAGGUGGAUAUGGGUCUAAGUAAAGCUGUACAAGAGUUCACUUUGUGUUUAUUAUAGAAUAAGAUGAUGUUCAGCUUCUAA